AUGCCCCAACGAAAAAACGUCCGCUUCAACGAACCCCGCAAACCCCUCUCCAAAUGGGCCGCCCAAAAGAAACUCUCCUCAGGCGCCAACGAAAUACAAACCCGCCCCUCGCACCCCUGGACCAUCGUCCGCAAACUCGGCGCCGAAAACCGCGGCGCCCUGAACGGUGGCGUUUACAUCGUAAAAGACCGCAGAGGCGUAGAGCACAUCGAGAAGCGCGCAACAGCAGACUUCGUUAAAAAGGGCGUAGUGCUGCAGGAAAUAACUAUACUAAAGUACCUCUCCUCGCCCAGCCACGAGCACAUCACACGCAUGGUAGACCACUUCGUCGACCGAAAAGCGUGCAAAGCGAGUAUCUACCUUGAAUACUGCACCAUCGGCGGCCUAGAAACGCUCAUACAUUCGCGCGUCAAAGCAGGGGAACUCUUCAACGAAAUCGACGUCUGGGAAUGGUUCAUCCAGCUUUUCGACGCGCUGACGUAUUGUCAUUAUGGACCUGAUCCUAAAGCGCGGUUCAACAACACCGUGCCUGAGGACUGGCAGGAUGCGUGGGACAUGGUGUUCCACCGGGACAUUAAAGUCGAGAAUAUCCUUGUGCAUAGGGGUACGCCGAAGGGCAUGACGACUGCGUACACGCUUAAGCUGGCGGACUUUGGGUGCGCGGUUGCGAGAAGGCAUAUCUGGGUUGAUCGGUUUAAGGAGCAUAAUCGGGCGACGUUCGCGACGUGGGGGUGGAUGCCGCCUGAGUCGCCGCAGUUUGUGGGGCGGUCGGAUGUCUGGCAGCUUGCGGCUGUGAUGGGGUGUGUGUGUAAUGUGAUGGUUAUGCCGUGGUUUGACCAUGCGAGACCGGCACCGGGGUAUUCUGCUACGCUCAACAAUGCGAUUGUUGAGUCGAUGAAGGGGGAUUUUACGAAGAGGCCGAAGUCGGACGAGGUGCUGGACCAUGUGAGGGGGAAGUAUAAGGUGAUGCUGCCGAUGCUGGAGACGAAUGCGCUGCCUGUUCCGACACGUAUUGAUGAGGCAAAGCGGAUGAACCAGAUCAAGCGGGGUCGUGAAGAACUACAAGCGCAGAUGCAGCAAGUCCAGCAAGGGCAGCAGGCUUCCGCGGCUCCGGCUUUCGAUCCGCAUGCGCAGGGUAAUGGUCGCUUUGGGGCCGCAGGGAAUGUCGGGUUAAGCCCGGCUGGAUAUUCACAAGUUACGACGAUUAUAGGUAGGAGACAGAACGGUCGCCACGGGAACAUGCGCGUGUUUCCUACGCGAGCUCCAAAUGGCUACGAAAGCGACGAUAGCUUGAACGGGGAUUCAUACGCUUGGAGUCCUCGAACUAGGAGGCAUAAUGCGUACGGGCGCUCGCCGUACAUGGCCCCGUAUGGACGGCCUUGGUGA